AUGAGUACAAUUUUGGACACCUCCAUAUUUUGGGGGAAAUUUCUAUAUUAUAUUUUAGAAUCUUUAGUUUACAGGAUAAUUCCCAAGAAGAAGAAGAAUGUUGCUGGAAAGAUUGUCCUUAUAACAGGAGCUGGAAGUGGACUUGGGAGGUUAUUGGCCAUAACAUUUGCCAGCCUUGGAGCCAUUUUAGUUCUAUGGGACGUUAACGAAGAAGGCAACAUGGAAACGUGUUGAAUGAUCAAAGAAAAGGAUGAUGUGAAAGUAUUUGCCUACACAGGUAACUGUGGCAACAGGCAAGACGUCUACAGAGUUGCUGAUCAGCUCUUGGUAAUCACCACUCUGCUCUCUAUUUCUAUGAAUUUAGCUCUUUUACAUUCUCCGUACAACUUACAUCAUACAGUGUUUGUCCUUGACUAUUUCCCUUUUCAUAAUGCCCUCAGGGAUCCACUUCUGCUGCCUAUACUGGAGCAGGAAUAUGUUGCCCCAAAAGUUUUAAAUGCUAUUUUAGAGGAACAGGUUUACUGGAUAAUGCCCACACUUUUGCAUGUUGUGUUGCUCCUUAAAGAAAUAAUAUCUCCAGACAUGAUGAUCACCCUUGCCGACAUUGGAAUGGACACCUCCGUGGCUUUGUUGACAGGUCAAGAGAAAACAGGUGAAGUUCAGACUGAAAACGAGAGGAAACACCUAUAG